AUGAAACAUGAUGACUAUGCGGGCACAUACGCACCACCAGACACUCAAACAAGCUCUCUAAUGAGUAGGCCUAUGUCUUUCUAUGUACGAGCGAAAUAUGAUUUCCGGUCCAAUGAAGCCAAUUUGCUCAGCUUUCAGGCCGGUACUCUGAUUGAAGUACUUGGGCAGUUGGAGUCUGGCUGGUGGGACGGCCUGUUAGAUCAUAAUACCCGGGGAUGGUUUCCAUCUAAUUAUGUCGACAUUAUUUCACAUGAGUCUGGAAUGAUACAGUUUUCUCAUGCAAGCAUUUGUCCUAAGAGCCCUAUGUUGUCGAUAUCUUCAGGGUCAACGGAAUCGACAGGGUCGAGUGGAUGUGAUCCAAAUUCGGGAAACAAUGCCAUGUUUCACGUCAAUGCAUUCGUUCAGGAACUCCAACAGCUCAUUCAAGCUUCACAGGUUCCGUUAAGUGAACAUUGGGCUCAAACGAGUAGGCAACAAGCGGUCCCUACAUUGAAGAACGGUAUGACUGAACUGGCUCAAACGAUGCAUGAAAUUGAUGAGAUCGUUACUCAAAUUUCAAAGAUGGAUUUGGAGGCGUCAUCAUCGCACUCUGGCUCAUCUUUAUCAAAUGUUGUACUGACGAAUUUACCAAAAAAUCUUUCAAGUCAGCUUCCCGUACUUGGUGUUCGAGUUCAUAUGCUCUUAAAAUACCUGCAAGAGUCGACCCAGAUUCAUAUCGCCCAUUCUGAAUAUGCAAAGGAACAGGUACAUUUUGAGAAAUUGGCUAUGAAUUUUAUUGAAUCGCUUGAGCUGCUCGGGCAAGAGCUUCGCGACGAUCAAAGGUUUGUACCAUAUGUUAGGGUGGAGUCACCGGAAUUGAUGGAAGAACGUUCAUUCGAACACGCACACAAUUCUGAUGCGGCAGAUUCAAGCUCCUUGUCAGCUUCGAUACCGAAAAUCGGCGCAUUGGUCAAGUACCCAUCAUUUGGUCGAUCCUCCGCUUCAGAAAUCAUGUCAGCAUUGAAGCGUUUUUCUCCUGCCAAUGGCAGCGAUGGCAAGUCUGAAUAUUCUAUGAGCUCAUCGUCCACGACCAAUAGUCGUGUCCCUCUUGUGGGUACGCUCUUAUCAUCAACGAAUUCGAUGACUGGAAGCGAAAUAUCGCCGGGUGAUAUUGUAUUCACAGACAGUGGCACAGUCAAAGGUGGGACUUUGGAAGCUCUCGUAAUCCAGCUCACUCGACAUGAUGCAUUCGACACAAAGUACACAUCGACUUUUAUGAUAACGUACCGUUCGUUCACAACAAGCUCGAGGCUCAUGGAACUCUUGAUAGACCGAUUUCAUCUUGAGAUUCCAUCAGAUUUGGAAGAAUCUAAAUUUCAGCAAUGGGAAGAGUUGAAGCGAACUCCUGUACAGCUUCGUGCGGUGAACGUCAUGCGUUUAUGGCUUGAGUACUUUUGUGACACUGAUGAUGAGAAGGCGCUAGACCUUGUUGAAGCGUUCGCGAACAAUGCACUUAUUUACCGUCAUGUGAAUGGCAUGCGAGGAAUGCUCAUGCGGCUUAUUAGACGUUGCCGCCAGGGCUCAGGCAACCUCAAUCGUAAAAUGAUGCAACCAAAAAUGCAGCCUAAACCACUUCUCCCUCCAAGUCUAUCACAGUUGUGCUUUCUUAAUAUCAGCCCCAUCGAGCUGGCUCGACAGUUGACAUUGAUGGAAAGCGAGACAUUUCUCCGGAUUAAUGUGCCGGAAUGCGUGAACAAAGCUUGGGCUUCUUCUGAUGCACGCCAUCGAGCAAGCGGCGUUGUAAAUGUAAUUUCAUUGCAUAACCAUAUAACAGGCUGGGUAAUUGAAACCAUUCUCAAUGAAGAGAAUGUAACUCAACGUGCGGCCAUUACCAGUCAUUUUAUUGCGAUUGCAAAUUAUUGUUAUCAAAUCAAUAAUUUUUCCACUAUGUGGGCGAUUUCUUCUGCUCUCAAUUGUGCAUCUAUUUAUCGACUCAAUGCAACUUGGGCUCUUGUGAGCAGGAAAGAUCUAGACAUUUUUUCUGAAAUCAAUCAAAUUAUACAACCCACCAGAAAUUACAGUCGAUACCGGGAUUUAUUGGAUCGCGUGAAUCCGCCAUGUGUUCCAUUUUUCGGUUUGUACACAAAGGACCUUACAUUUAUCGAGGAUGGUAAUUCGGAUUCAUUGUGGUCUGACUCGCGUUUGAUCAACUUUGCCAAACGUUCAUUAGCAGCAGAUGUUCUCUACGAAAUUAGGAGGUUCCAGUUCGUUCCGUACAAUUUUGUCCGUGUACCUUCGCUGUUUGAGUUUUUGGACUUACACUUCAAGCCUCGCAUGAGUGAUGAGGAGCGAUAUGAACGCAGUCUCAAACUGGAACCCCGCCAGUCCUCAUCGCCUUACGGUGGUAACUACCAUCGACAUGAUUUCACUUUUUAUGAUAUGAUACCCGACGAAUACUUUAUGAAACGUUUGCAAGAGAAUGGAUUUACAUAA